AUGUCAGAUUUGUUUGUUGAACAUAAUAUAAAUACUGAAAAAAUAGAAGAAGAAAAGGUUGAUUUUGAUGAAAAUAAGAUUAUUUAUAAAAUUAAAAGGAAGAUAAAAAAAAAAGGAAUAAAAAGAAUAAAUUAUUUACCUAUAAAGGAUGAAAAGUUACAUCAAAUUUUACCAAACACGAAAAAUAUAAAAAAUAUAAAAUUAAAAAACAAGUUAAAGAAAGAUGUUAAAUUAGCCAUCAUAUCAUCAAAAAAAAUUUUAGCAAAUAGUAAAUUUAAGCCUGCAGAAGAAGGGUAUAUUGAAUUUGAUUCUAAUGAAGAAAGAAAUGUUACCAAAAAAAAAAAAAAAAAAAAUACAAACAAGAAAAAAGAAGUAAGUAAGAAUGAAAUAAAUGUAAGUGAAUCAAAGAAAGAUAGUGAAAAACAAAUAAAGAAAGAAGGAACAGAAAUAAAUAAUCAAGAUAAAGAUGACGAAAAAAAAUUAAGUAAAGGAAAAUUAAAUAUUUAUGAAACGGAGAAAGAUGAAUUAUAUAAUAAUACAGUAAAUUUUAUUGAAAAUAACGAAAAUUAUAUAAAUGAAAAAAAAAAGGAAGUAAGAAAAUAUUUAAGUCAAAAUUAUAUUUAUAAUAAUGCAGAUAUAGGAACUCAAAAAAAAGUAUUUGAUUUAAAUCUAAGUCUAGGUCCAUACAGUUGUAAUUAUUCAAGAAAUGGAAAAUAUUUAUUAGCAACAGGAGAGAAAGGGCAUAUAAGUUUAAUUGAUACUCAAAAUUUAGAAUCCUUGUGUGAAUUUGAAGUAGAUGAAACAAUAAGAUGUAAUACAAUUUUACACAAUCAUAAAUUAUUUGCAGUAGGUCAAAAAAAAUAUAUAUAUAUUUAUGAUAAUACAGGACUAGAAAUAAAUUGCAUAAAAGAUAUAUUGUAUACUUAUAAAAUGGAAUUUUUGCCAUAUCAUUUUUUAUUAGUAUCUAUAGGAGAAUUUGGUGAAUUGGUUUACCAAGAUAUAUCAGUUGGAAAUAUAGUUACAAGAAAAAAAACAAAAAAAGGAUCAUGUUCUAUUAUGAAACAAAACAAAAAUGAUGCUAUAAUUUAUUUAGGGCAUAAAAACGGUCACGUUACAUUAUGGUCACCUAACGUAGAUAAAAGUGUUUGUGAUAUUUUUUGUCAUUAUACUCCAAUAUCUUCAAUUGGUGUUUCAGAUAAUUAUUUAAUAACAGCUUCUGUUGAUUGUACUUAUAAAUUAUGGGAUAUGAGAAAAUUACAAUUUAUUAAAUCUUAUAGAGCUCAUAAUAUUAUUAAUAAUAUUGAAAUUAGUGAUACAUCCAUUGUUGGCUUUUCUAUGAAUAGCCAUUUUAGAACUUAUAAAAAUUUUUUUACUUCCCCUGAAAUUUAUCUAACUCAUAAUAUGUUUGGAGAUAAAAUUAAUUCUUUAUCAUUUCAACCUUUUGAAGAUAUUUGUUGUGCUGGUUUAAAAUAUUCUAUUAAAACUCUCUUAGUACCAGGAGCAGGAAUAGCUAAUAUUGAUACAUUUGUUAACAAUCCUUACGAAACAAAAAAACAAGUUAGAGAAAAUGAAAUUCGAUUAUUACUAGAUAAAUUACCACCAGAUACUAUUAAAUUUCAGAAAAAUGAAAUAGGAAAAUUAAACCCAUAUAUUAAACAAUGUAAUGGAGAAAAUAAUGAAAUUUCCAAUCAUAGAAAUAAUUCUAAAAAUGGCGCUAUCAAUAAAAAUACUAAAAUGAAAAGUAUAAAUGAAGCUAAUGAUUCUUGCAAUAAUCAAAGUGAAAAUUACGAUUCAACAAGUGAUGAUUUUACAAUUAAAGAAAAUAAAAAUAAAAAUAAUAAUAAUAACAAAAAUGAUACAAAGAAAAAAAAAAAAAAAAAAAAAAAAAAUAGUUUUUUAAAUUCUAAAGUCCCCAAAUAUCUUAGAAAGAGCUUAAAGGAUAAAAUAAAAGAAAAGGAAAAAAGUUAA